CAGAAAACAAGCUACAAUGGUGUGCUACCAUUGGUGUAGCUUAUCCAAGUCAUACAUAUUGUUAAUGCUAUUCCUCUGUAUACAAUAUGCAGAAUUGCAGACUCCAGAUCCAUGUGACACAACUGAAGCACUGAAUGAUAUGAACAAAAGACACCCAACCUAUCAAAUGGAUGCUACACCUCUUUGCGAUUACGACCUAGUGAAGAAAUGGUAUUCAGUUGGUUCGAAAGUUAUGCCAACAACAGCUCCAGAUUUGUUGUCCUGUGGAACUUUGUAUCCAUACUGGAUCAAGGAUCCCCUUCCAACAGUCACAAAUACUAUAGCUGAAGUGACUGCCUGUAAGGUGGAAUUCGGUGACACCUGUGCCAAAGACCACAAGAUUCGUGUAAAAAAGUGCAAUGAUUUUCUUGUCUUUGAACUUAUACCAACAACUGGAUGUUCUUCGGCUUACUGCUUCGAACGUGCAGACGGUUGUAUUCCUCAAACAGUCACAGAUGUCUCCGUUUCCUAUCAAAAUGUCAUGUGGGAUUCCUCACUACCUAAUAAUCGAGGAAUUGUUCGUCAUUCGCCUUACUUUAAUCUGAUUUGUAAUUUUGCCCCGUUACCAACUCCAAAUUUGAAUUAUAAAAUAACAUGGUAUAUUGACAAAAAAGAGAUCCAAACACAGGUUGUCACUUCUUCAACAAGAAAUAAAGCCACUUUUUCGGCAAAAGAAAUGGCCAAUCACAUCGAAACACUUAAUGUAUGGGUGCACUGUACCGUUGAAGUUAUGGGGUCCACUACAGGAACAUCCUGCCCAUCAAAAGAGAGUCCCUUAUUUUUCGUAGGAGUUAAGAUAUUGAGUGAGCUCCCCAUUGUUAUGAAUCGAGGAGGCAGAGCAUUUAUAAAGUUACAGCCAACAGUGCCGUUCGUGACAGAUACGCUGAUGCUAGGCAACAUAGUAUUAGACGCUACUCCUGUAGAAUUAGAUUUGUUUGCUAAAACUACGCAGUGCAAUGGAGCUUUAGUUAAUGGGUUCAGCUGCUCCAAAAAAAUUAAAGGAUUUCCGUACCCCGACAGGGUCCAAUAUGAUACACCCACCAAUUGGAAUCAAGUAAUUAACUAUGAAAUUGUAAAUGAAAACACUGCUGCGUUUGAUAUUCCACAUCUUAUAACGCUCCAGCUUACGUCAACUAGUGGGAGUGGCGUCGUUGGCCAUAUGUUUGGAAAGCUCCCUUUUCCUGAUCUCCCGAUUCAAAUGGUAGAAGAUAAGAACAGCUGGAAAGGAAAAAGUUGCACGGCCCUUACAGAUCCGCAUAUGAGAACAUUUGACAAUUUGGGUUAUGAAUGUCAGCUUGAUGGAAAAUUCAUCCUUUAUAGAAACACUGAAAGCAACCAAGAGGUUCAUGUUAAACACAGACUCUGUCACCGUUGGUAUUCAGUUCCACGAUGUAUAUGUGCAGUUGCUGUACGAGCUGGAAGACAGAUUUUUACGAUAGACAUUUGUCAAGGCAACCGUUACAUCAAUUUCCCUUUAUGUGAGGACGAAGUAAUGAAAGUGGUCCGAGAACAAGAUAAACUCUACAAGAUCUAUUUACCAAGUGGUACAACUGUUCAGAUAUCAAUUAGAGAAUGGCCUUGGGGUACUGGUACAUUACAUUUAGAUGUGACAAUUUAUCCCUCUGCAGCUGAUGAAGGGAAAUCAGAGGGUCUCUGUGGAAGUCUGGACAACUCGUAUCAUAACGACUUAACAAGACGUAAUCAUGCUCAACCAGACCCAAUUGUAACGUACCCUGAUGGUUUUUCCAGGUCUUGGGUAGUGGAAGCAAAUGAAGAUCUUUUUGACAAAGAUAUUAAUGAAUAUGGAUUUAUUAAUUCGAUGAGUAUCACCAACAGACUUUUAUGCGAAUGUAACCCAACAUCAAAAACAGCACUGUGUACUUAUACAGCAGGGAAAACAUGUUAUUAUGAACGUGGAAGAAAACUUCAAUGCUUUAUUUUUGGUGAAAAUAAAUUUGAUAAAAGACGUAAAAGAUCAAUAUACGAACUGGAUAAAACAGAACAGAAGAAGAAACAACAUAAGGCAAGAUAAAAUAUAUAAAAGGAAGCGACUAAGUUAAAACACAAAUCAAUUAUACUAUUAGUUUUAUAUGACAUAUAUUUUGAUAUUAUGCAGGCUGUUUUUGAUAUUUCUCUUGAUGUAGG